AUGUGGAACAAAUUAGUGGUAACUUAUGAAGGUACUACGGAUAUAAAAGACUCUCGAAUGGAUACUUUGAUCCAAGAAUACGAGAACUUUAAACUCCAAGAUGGAGAAAAUAUCAUCGAUAUGGAAACAAGAUUUACUCGUAUAAUCGAUGAAUUAUCUCAACUCGGGAAGAACUAUACUCAAAAUGAAAAGAAUCAUCGGGUUCUUAAAUCUCUCCCUCCGAGUUCGAAAGUUAACGUCACUACUAUUAAAGAGAUGCAUAAUCUCAAUGACUAUCACAUCGAUAAUCUAUUCGGAAACCUUCGUGCUUACGAGGAAGAUAAUGUUCCGGAUAUUGUUGUUCCCAAAGUGGAAGACAAGAAGAAGAAUAUGACAUUAAAAUCCAUAUUAAUCGAUGAAGAUGAAAAUGAUGAAGAUUUAAAUGAGGAAAUUCAAAAUCUCGAUGAAAGCGAAAUUGCCUUACUAACGAGACAACUUCGUCAUGUGCUUCAAAGUAAAGCUCAAAGGUACGGAAAAGGCUUCCUUAAAUCAAAUAACCAACAAAGAGUUUUUAACUCUAAUGGAAGGCCUAAUUACUCUCAAAAUUAUUCUCCUAACUAUAAGAGUAAUUUUCCUACCAACUCGGGCUAUAAAGGCAAAAAUAACCAAAGUCCGAAUGGCUAUAAUAAUGCCAUCACGGGCAACAAUAAUAAUUACACUCCUCCAAAACCAAAAGAACAAAAUCCGGAGGAAACACAAUAUGUGUGUUUCGAGUGUAAACAACCGGGUCACUAUGAACGAGAAUGUCCUAAACUCUCUAAAGGUCGAAUUCUCGUGGCUGAAAACGGUUGGGAUUUAAGUGAAGAUGAGGAAUCUCCCGAAGCAAGUGAAGAAGUGGUUAAUCUAUGUUUGAUGGCAAUCGAGGAUGCUUCUACAUCAACGAAUAUCUCCACUACUAACCAAGAGGAAUGCCUUGUUGCUAAGCAAAACAUGUGGUACCUCGAUAGUGGUUGUUCAAGGCACAUGACGGGAAACAAAUCUCUUUUGAACGACAUUAAAAAGGUAACCGCAGGAGUUGUCACGUUUGGAGAUAGCAGCAAAGGUAAUAUUAUUGGCAUUGGGGAUAUUGGAAAUGAACAUUUUAAGAUUGCCAAUGUGCAACUAGUUACGGGACUUAAGUAUAACCUACUUUCGAUAAGUCAAUUGUGCGAUAAUGGUUAUAAGGUAAUUUUCUAUCCAUCUCAUUGUUCGAUUCUUAAUAAGGAUGGAAAAUUAGUCCUUACUUGUCCUCGUAGUAAAAAUGUGUAUACUUGUGAUAUAAGCAAGCACAAUAAUGUAUGUCUAAUCACUACUCAAGAUGAUCCUUGGUUAUGGCAUCGAAGAUUAGGACAUGCUAAUAUGAAGUUGAUUAAGAAUAUAUCAACGAAUGAUCAUGUUCGAGGUAUACCAAAGUUGAAUUACCAAAAGAUCAUACUUGUGAGGCUUGUGAAAUUGGCAAGCAAAUAA